AUGGCGAUUGGCGACGCUACUGCGCGGACGAAUCCCCCGAACGAUGAUGGAGCGGCGCCUUUACCCAUAGUCGCGACGGAAAAUGCGACGGAAACCACCGAUGGGGGGAUAGACCGGUCCGUGCACCCGUCCGGCAUCGUGCCCACUUUACAAAACAUCGUGGCCACGGUGAACUUAGAUUGCAAAUUAGAUUUGAAGACGAUCGCGUUCCACGCGAGAAAUGUAGAGUAUAACCCAAAGGUAUGCAGAGCCGUCGGUGGUAAGGAAAUAGUGAAGACUGACGCAUUUUUACACCACUCUUUUCAUCAAACUUUUCGGUGUGCUCUCUUAAAUAAACAGCGUUUUGCAGCGGCGAUCAUGCGGAUCAGAAACCCGAAAACGACGGCGCUGAUCUUUGCGUCCGGGAAGAUGGUGUGCACGGGCGCCAAGACGGAGGCGUUGGCGAGAGAGGCGGCGAGGAAGUACGCGAAAGUUAUCAUCAAGUUAGGAUUUCCGGCGCAGUUUAAAGAUUUUAAGAUUCAAAACAUGGUUGGGUCGUGCGAUGUGAAGUUUCCAAUACGAUUAGAAGGUUUAGCGUGGUCGCACGGGCAUUUCGCGCAGUACGAGCCGGAGUUGUUUCCCGGUUUGAUUUAUAGGAUGCAGAUGCCAAAAAUCGUACUUUUGAUUUUUGUCAGCGGGAAGAUUGUGUUGACUGGAGGGAAAAGGAGAGAGGAUAUAUACCAAGCGUUUGAGAAUAUAUAUCCGGUGUUGACGGAGUUUAAGAAAUUGCAGUUGGAGUCGGACGAAGGGGACGCCGGGGGAGGCGCGGCUGGGGCGCCGAAGGCGCUUCCGGCGCCUUCGGCGAAGAGGGGCAGGAAACCGAAAGCUUAA